CCGUAGAAUAUAGAUUCAACGUAACAAACCGAAGAAGUGAGGGGAAGAAAGAGAACUUGGAAGAGGUGAAAUUGGCAAAGUCCGUUUCUGAUUCGAGGGCUGCCCCCCUCCCCUCUGCGAACCCUUAUCUCUCUCAGGUUUACCUUCGUCACAGCUUACAGCUACUCUCUACCUCUCUGACCCUCCCCUUAUCAUCGUUCCCCCUUGCCGCCCGGUUGCUUGCUGUUUGGUGCCGCCGUCGAUUCACAACUCCGAUUGCUCGGUGCCGCCCUCGAUUCACAAACACAAACUGGGCUGAGCAAUUCGUCGCUACCCCUUGCCGCCCGGCAUCGGGUCCCACAUUAUUCCAUCGAGAAGGUCGUCUGAAUGUCUAUCCACUGACGAUCCAUGAUUCUUAAAGCGUAUCUCUGAGUCAAAUCAAGCAUGCACCAACUCAAGGAACAAAUAUGUUAUUACUGAGAAGAGACAUCCAGAUCCAAAGUUGUGGAAACAGCCUCUUUGAAAAGCAAGAGUAAAGCUGCAUACAAAAACAACCCUCUCUUAACCCUUACAAAGCUGAAGCCUUGUAUGCUGGGGAUGCCUUUUAUAGGAAGCUUCAGCUUACCUUUCUUGUUUAUAUAAUUCCUCAAUACCCAUAAUUGGUUCAAGAUUUGGGUGGCAUCAACAAGAUGAUAUCAACCAGUCCAGUUUGAAUGGUUGAAUUUGGUUAGUUUGCCACUGGUUCAGAUUGCCGGACAAGCACAAGGUGUCCAGGUUCUCUAUAUUGGCCGUUCUAUCUGUGAAUUGAGUUAUGCCACUGGUUCAGGCUGUCAGAGAAGCACGAGGUGUCUAUUGUCUAUAUAUUAUGCUGCACAAUCUGAAAUAUGAAACCAGGAGAUUUUGGUUUGGUAAUGUUGGCCAUUCUAUCUGCUAAGGACUUGAGAAAAUGACAUUGUUCAAGCUAAAGAAUCUCUUGUGCAACUCAAAAGUUUUUCAUUUCUCUUUAGGCAGUGCCUCCAGUUUACGCUUCCGAGGAAACAGUCAAGUGGGAAGCAAAGAGUGCAUUUCUAGUUGAAUUUUAGUCAGUGUGAACACAGCAGCAGUCAAUCAUCAGCAAUUAGAUUCUGGUGCUAUCACAAUGGACCCUAUAAAUGGGGGAAACAGCCUUAAUAACAAUCCUAGUUUGGCAUCCAAGCAAAGAUUGCGUUGGACAAAUGAGCUUCAUGAACGCUUUGUUGAUGCUGUGGCACAACUGGGUGGUCCUGAUAGGGCUACUCCCAAAGGUGUACUUAGAGUCAUGGGUGUACCAGGUCUAACGAUUUACCAUGUCAAGAGCCAUCUACAAAAAUAUCGUCUUGCAAAGUACCUCCCCGACUCCUUUUCUGAUGGGAAAAAUACUGAUAAGAAAGAAUCUGGGGACAUGCCUGCCAGUUUGGAUGAUUCAUCAGGGAUGCAAAUUACUGAAGCACUAAAGCUGCAGAUGGAAGUACAGAAGCGGUUGCAUGAACAAUUGGAGGUGCAGAGACAGCUACAGUUGCGGAUAGAAGCUCAAGGCAAGUACUUGAAGAAGAUAAUUGAAGAACAACAAAGACUGAGUGGAGUUCAGUCAGAAGUUCCGGGGUCAUCAGUUGACUACCCAGAAAAUGACAAGACUGAUCCAGGAACCCCUACCCCUGCAGCAGCUCCUCCUCCUCUAUUACUGGAUAAGGCUGCCAAAGAACAUGCCAAGAGCCUCUCUCUUGAUGAAUCGUAUUCUUCCCCAAAAGAACCGCUCACGCCAGAUUCGGGGAGCCCAAAAGGUGAGAGGCCGGUUAAGAAGCAACGAGCGGGAGGGGGCGGGGGUAUGGUGCUCCCUCACCAGAUAUUAGAAUCGAGCCUAAGCCCACGGUACCAUCAGCACCAACAGCCUCACACAGUCUUCCUUGGCAGAGAACAUUUUGAUAGUUCGCCUGGGAUUUCUAUUUGCAAUGAAGAUAAGUUGGAAAAUGUUUCUGGUAGCAACCUAUAAUUAAUUACUGUAUGCCCUAUGUUGCGUGUUUGUUGUGUAUCAUCAGGAUUCUCAAUUUGCUUUGGGUCUGUAGUUUCUCUCUAAGAACAUAUAUAUAUUUGUUUCUCUUUUUUUUUUCUCUUUUUCAGGUUAAGACCCCCUGUUUGUUUUAGAUUUUAUGAGACAAUAGUCAUCUUCUGACGUCCUUUAUAUUAGAAGAAUCAUCUUAAUUUCUUCUUU